CAAUAAAACUGUGUUUUUUGAGUUUACUUUUUGUCUCUGCGAGUUUGCGUUUGGGUCCUACUCUUGCCUGCACACAGCCGUAUUGUGACAAGCUGGACAUGAACUGGAAAAACACAGCAUUAGUUUUGAACUUACUGUUUCUGAAUUAACUUUAUUGUUAACAUGCAAAACUACUUCUACUGAAGUACUGGAAAUAAAUGAGCCAACAUUUCUCCAGUAGCACAUCCCUUCAGUAAAUGUAAACUUUAUUAAAAACUGUACAGUUUUCUACUUUUGUAUUUACUUUCUAUGUCUAUGUAUUUGUUGUUUUUGACCCUAGGGAGAGCCUGUGUAGUUCUCAACUGUUUCAACAGCAGUAGCAAACUACAUCUACUAUCUUAUGAAGUGUCUGUCUGAGAUGAUUCUUAGAUAGCUUAGAUAGGUAUGCAGAGGACUUUGAUGUUUUCCAAAAGCAUAUCAACAAUAUUAACAGAAAUCUUGUUCCCAUUAACCAAAAUGGAAAAGCACAGCUUGAUGGCAGAACACACAGAUUGUUUGUUCGAUUCACCUAUGUUUCCUUUAUUCUGUAAAUAAUGUGUAAUAUAAACGCUUUUCACAUCAUGCUGUGUUCCACAGUUGGGGUUUGAGAUCAACUGCGGCACUGACAACAAAUGUGUCGAUGACCUGAAAGUGGAUUUCAACUUCACCGGAUCCUCAGAGGUUAAAGUGGGCAUGGAUGAGCUUUUGGAUGUCACAGUCACAGUGGCGAACAGAGGAGAAAACUCCUACAACAGCCGUGUUAUUCUCACAUAUCCAGCUGGACUCUCCUACAGGAAGUUCACCAUUCAGCAGAUUGGAAUUCAAUCUGCUAAAUUCCUCUUGACCAGUACAGCCACUGUGGAGUAUGACAAAGAACAAUACAUCUACUUUUCAACAGGGUCUAACAACAACCCUCCUGUUCGCAAGAUUGUAGCAGAGGUAGAAGUGUACCCUAAGCCAGAUUUCACUAAAGCCAUCAUUGGAGGAUGCCUGGGAGGGUUGGCUAUUCUGGCUUUACUCACUGCUGGCCUGUAUAAGGCUGGGUUUUUCCAGAGCAAAUAUAAACAGAUGAUGAAAGAAAGUGCAGAAGAUGGUCCAGGGAAUGAUGCAAGUGCACUCACAGCAGAAUAAGAAAAUCACAUUUGUAGUUGUACAUUUACUGUAUAUGAAAAAUUUAAGGCCCUUCUGAUAUUUUUCGGAAUGGACAGUGUGUGUAGCAAUGUCCAUACUACCACAUUUGAUUCAAGAUAGCUUGUUGUGUUUGAAAUCACUCCUUUGCUUGCUCAUUGACUGUUAUCUAUAAUAGAGGCGCCUAGCUGUGUCCUUCCAUUACCUUCAGGAGCAGAAAACUGCUGAAAUUAAAUCAUCCGAGCAGAAAAAUACAAUUGUCAAUCAAUGCCUUAAACUUUAGACACCUGAGGACAAAAGAGACACAAAGUCUGAAUACUCAAAUAAAAUGGAUGAGAUUAAAUGUAGUCUGUGAAAGUCCUGUGAUGCAUUAUGUUAGGAAGUUUUCAGAGUGACUUUUUAUUUUUUGAAGAAU